CUGGGGCAUGCGGCCUCCGCAGCGAGGAUUGAGAGAGAGAGAGAGAGAGAGCGUGGCUUCUGGGCCUUGGGCCCCUGAGGCGGGCGAGGCAGAGGGAUGAUGUCUGAGGAGUCCCAGCAGCCCUAUGGCUCCCUUUGCCGGGCAGAGCUGCGCCUGGAGUACCUCCACGCCAACUCCACAACACACGACUUCCUGUUUGGAGCCGUGGCUGAACUGAUUGACAAUUCCCGGGAUGCUGGUGCAACCAGAUUGGACAUACUUACUGUGGAUAAUGUUAAUCUACAAGGAGGAUUUACGUUGUGCUUUUUGGAUGAUGGAUGUGGCAUGACCCCACAUCCCCUGGCUCCAGGAAUGGGUGCAGCUGAUGUAUCAGCCGUCGUAGUCCCAAUUCCUUCAUGGUCAAGUAAUACAAGAAAGCCAAUGGAUGACUCUGAGAAAUUCGCCACACAAGUGUCAAUAAUUUACAAAUAUUCUCCUUUCAAGAAUGAAAAGGAACUGAUGAAGCAGUUUGAUGGCAUUUAUGGGAAAACAGGGACUUUGCUGGUGAUAUAUAAUUUGAAACUCACAAUCAGCGGGGAGGCAGAACUUGACAUUCAAACAGACCAGAUGGACAUAUUGAUUACUGAAAGCACAGAGAUCCUUCCAGAACAAUGGUCGCUGAGAGCCUAUAUAACUAUAUUAUACUUUGACCCACGUAUGAGGAUAUUCAUUCAAGGCAAGAAAGUAGAAACCAAGCGCUUGCCUUAUUGCUUUUACAGACCCAGGAUGUAUCCAUAUAUAUCAUCUUCAUUCAAGCAAGUUGCUAUAAAUGAAUUACGAAAGACAGAACUGGAAGUGAAGGCUGCUGAAGAGGCUGUGAAGGAAGCAAAGUGCACAGUAAAAUAUUUGCAAGACUCUCCCUUCUGUGAAGACAGUGAGUAUGCUCAGCUUGCAUUGCAGGAUGCUCAGGAGAAAGAAAAGAGAAUGAAGGAAAAACUGGAAGAAAAGCAAAGAAACCUGAAAAGACCAAAAAAACUCUUUUUAAUAUUUGGAAUCAACAUUCAAAACAGAAGUCAAGAUGGGAUGCUUAUCUAUAGCAAUAAUCGCUUGAUCAGGUUCUUUGAAAAAGUGGGAACCCAAACAAAUAUGGGAUCAUAUUUCGGAGCUGGAGCUGUGGGGAUUGUGGAUGUGCCCUUAGAAGUCAUGGAACCAACGCACAACAAGCAAGCCUUUGCAAAUGUUAAGGAAUACAACCACUUGCUGAAAGCCAUGGGAAACUGCCUUGUUCAGUAUUGGAAAGAUAUAGGAAUCAGUCAAAAAGGAGAAGCCUUGUUCUGGAAUGACUUUGGAUAUCUGAGUGACAAGUGGUGUGAAAGACCUUCUGACACAAUUCAGUACAAAAGAAGACGGGCAGUGGAGAUUCCGGACAUUGUUCAGUGUGAUAUUUGCCUGAAAUGGAGACUCUUGUCCCUUGACACUGAUGUAAAUCAUGGAGGACAUCAUGGCAUCUGGAAAUGUUCAGACAGUCCAAACCCUCUUGAGAAGAAAUGUGAUGCACCAGAACAUUUGCCUUCCAUCCCUCUGGGAACUUUCAACCUGACAAAGUCAUUGGAUGAAAAACAAAAGCUACUCAUAGCAUCCAUUCAGGAACGUAAAAGGAAGUUGGAAAACCUCCAGUCUCAGAAACUUCACUUGAUAGAGCCACAUACCGCUGCUGUUAAAAGUCCAAAAUAUAAGACAGCGUACCAGAGGAAAAUUUCUAAUAAAGAUCCAUCUCCAGCCUGCAGACAUUUGAUUAAGAAUAGAACAAAUAAAGGACAUGUACAACACAGGAGCCAUCAAAAGCAGUCACCUGCAAAGCAAAAACCUCACUCUGAAAGGAGUCAGCAGCCUUGUCAGAAAGAAAAAUAUUUCCUCUCAGUGCUGGAAGAAAGGAACGAUCACAGUUUGCCAACGGUGCUACCCUUUGAAAUACAAGAUGAACAGUCAUAUAAUGAAGAGCCUCUGAUCAUCAAAGUUGAAUCAGAUAGCGAGCCAGAAAUCAUUUCUUUCAUUUUAUCUGACAGUGAGGCUGAAGAUUUGUCAAAGUAUGAAGACAGUAAAGAUGUUUCUUUCAUGCAGAAAGUGUUUGAUCCACAUGAAGAAGAACAAGAGUACUCUGGUGAAAAGGGAGACAGUCACCUUAGUCUAAUGAGUUCCUUACCUUUAGAGGAAAACUUUACAAAAACAGUUUGGGAAGGUUGCUCCACUGAGGCUUCAAAAGAAACCAAUAAAGAGCCAGUUCUUGUUGCUGUGGAGGAGUCUGCUGCUGGCUCCUCACGUACACAGGAAGAUUCUGAACACAUUCCUAAAACUAAAAUGAUAGAAACGUUAACGUCUCGCAUCAAGGAGGUCCUCCUGUAUUUUCUUCCUGAAUGUAGUAAUUCAAGAGAACAUCUUACAUCUAUGUGUCCUGAAGAUAUUUUAUCUAUGUUCAAGUGGUAUUUUAUUCACUCCUUGGAUUUCACCAUCGCAUUAUCAACUUGGAAAAUAUUGCUGAAUGAACAUUGGGAGAAGAACAAGGCUGUUACUUUAUACAUCGAUGAGUAUUUUCUGCAAUAUGAACAGCAACUUAACAAAAAACUCCAGUCUGAAACUGUACGUGGCAUUGAAACAGAGACUAAUCUGUGCAAAAGACAGGUAAAGGCUGCAGAAGAAAAACUUGAGCAUCUUCGGAAGAAAGUAGCACAGCUGCUAUUGAAAAUUCAUCCACAUCUUCUUAUAAAUAAGCUGGAAGACAUUGAUAGCUUCCUAGAAGAGAAUCUGAACUCUGAAAAUCGCUGUACAGUUGCUACUGGAAAAGUCAACACCAGUGAAGCAAGUGUCUCUGUCUUACAGGAUGAAGAUAUUGAGAAAAACUUUUAACACUCUAUGUAUAAAUAAAUAAAUAAAUAACAGAAGUAUCCUACAGAAAGUUUACAUGUUAAAGGAUGCUUGGAGAAGAAAUAUGGAUAACUGGAACAUUCUCAGAUACAUUUUGGUUUUUGCAUAUCAUAAUUUACUUUCAUCUACAUUACUGCCUUGCAAAAUCCUUGAACUUCACUGCAGUCCACUGAUGUGUAUGGCUGUAGUGGAGGAGGGGAAUAAUCAAAAUGAUGCCUGUGCUCUUGUAAACAGGCUCUUGUGGAAUUACAAACAUGUUGAAAUUGAGGCUUUUUAAAAGUAGUAACUGUUUUGUUGGAAAAAAUGGACCUUGGCUACAUCCACACUGGAGAAAUAGCCUGGUUUGGCACCGCUUUAACUGCCCUAGCUCAAGGCUAUGGAAUUCUGGGAGUUUCCGCUCUGGGACCCAGAACAAACUCUAACUCCCAGAAUUCCAUAGCCUUGAGCCAGAAAGAAUUAAAGCAGUGCCAAACCGGGUUAUUUCUCCAGUGUGGAUGCAGUCCUUAUUUAUUAUAAUGUGUUAAACUUGUAGCAAUAUAAAAACUAAGUUUUUCAUUUUGAGUUAACUGUUUUUAGAGAUUGCCUUGUCUAAUAAAGGAAAAUAAUUCAGAGACAUAGCCAUGUUAGUCUGGAAUAUCAGUAAGCAAAGGGAUUUUGCAGCACCUUUGAGAUUAACUGCAAAAAAACAACAACAAUAAAAGCAUGUGCUUUUAUAGACUUGAUCUACUUCCUCAGAUGCAAGUUGUUGCAUCAGGAGAGGGACACUUGCCCACCAACCAUAGAGAUCUAAUUCGCAUUUUAAACCAACAAUCUGUGGAGGGUUAGCUGCAGUAUUAUUUUAUAAUUGCAAGGUAAACUGUGUCACCAUGAACAUUUAGGGUAAGACAUCAUAACUAAGAACUCAAAUUUCCCCACUAUGCUGAGUAACAGAUUCACUGUGAUUUUGGCAUGCCAGAGGAAAUAAUUUCAACUGAGAUGCCAAUUCAUUUUCUCGCCAUUGUCUCAUGUUCCAAUAGAGGUGCAUGCUUUUGUUUUUGCUUUACUUUUGCUUGCUCACUUGCUUUUUAGUACAGACUAUUUUUAUAGUU